AUGAACGGUGGCGAUGAGGUCGUGGCAGCUCCGGCGGGUCCACCACAUCCUCUGGACUGGAAAUUCUCGCAGGUCUUCGGGGAACGCACGGCAGGUGAAGAGGUUCAGGAAGUGGACAUAAUUUCAGCUAUCGAAUUUGACAAGUCUGGUGAUCAUCUUGCAACUGGUGAUCGGGGUGGUCGAGUGGUUCUCUUUGAGAGAACAGAUACAAAAGAUCAUGGUGCAUCUAGAAGGGAUUUCGAGAGGAUGGACUAUUCUAUUAGUAGGCAUCCAGAGUUCCGUUACAAAACAGAAUUUCAGAGUCACGAACCUGAGUUUGACUAUCUCAAGAGCUUAGAGAUUGAAGAAAAGAUCAACAAAAUCAGAUGGUGCCUAACGGCUAAUGGUGCCCUCUUCCUUCUCUCUACAAAUGAUAAAACGAUCAAAUUUUGGAAGGUUCAAGAAAAGAAGGUAAAAAAGAUUUCUGAGAUGAAUGUUGACCCUUCAAAAUCAAUGGGGAAUGGAUGUAUUGCUAGUUCAAGCAAUUCAAGUAGCUCUAGGCCAUAUCUUGCAAAUGGAGGAUCUCCAGAUAGAUCAUACAAUUAUAUAAGCAAUGACUUUUCAUUUCCACCAGGAGGCAUACCUUCACUAAGAUUACCCAUGGUGAGUAGCCAUGAAAGCAGCCUAGUCGCUCGAUGUCGAAGAGUGUAUGCACAUGCUCAUGAUUAUCAUAUCAAUUCUAUUUCAAAUAACAGUGAUGGCGAAACUUUCAUAUCUGCCGAUGAUUUGCGAAUAAACCUUUGGAACCUGGAAAUUAGCUCUCAAAGUUUUAAUAUUGUUGAUGUAAAGCCUGCAAAUAUGGAGGAUCUGACAGAGGUUAUAACGUCAGCAGAAUUUCACCCUACACAUUGUAAUAUGUUGGCCUAUAGCAGUUCAAAGGGCUCAAUCCGUCUUGUUGACUUGCGACAAUCAGCAUUAUGUGACUCUCAUUCCAAGCUGUUUGAGGAACAGGAAGCCCCAGGGUCCAGAUCAUUUUUCACAGAGAUUAUUGCUUCUAUCUCAGACAUAAAAUUUGGGAAGGAUGGAAGAUACAUACUUAGUCGAGAUUACAUGACUUUAAAGUUAUGGGACAUUAAUAUGGAUUCAGGCCCCGUUGCAACUUUUCAAGUUCAUGAGUAUUUAAGACCCAAGCUUUGUGAUUUAUAUGAAAAUGAUUCAAUUUUUGACAAGUUUGAGUGUUGUCUGAGUGGUGAUGGAUUGCGCGUAGCAACUGGUUCUUACAGCAAUCUCUUUCGUGUUUUUGGUUGUGCCCCUGGAAGUGCUGAGGCAACAACCCUAGAAGCCAGUAAAAAUCCAAUGAGACGACAAGUUCCAACACCUUCAAGGCCUUCUAGAUCACUGGGAAAUAGUUUAACACGUGUUGUAAGACGGGGAGCAGAAGCCCCUGGGGUGGAUGCUAAUGGUAAUUCUUUUGACUUCACAACAAAGUUGCUGCACUUGGCAUGGCAUCCAACUGAGAAUUCAAUUGCUUGUGCUGCUGCAAAUAGCUUGUACAUGUACUAUGCGUAA